AUGUUUACUUCUGAGGAGUGGGUUCGUAGUAGAUGGGCAAAGGAAGCAAAUGCUAAACGAGUAGUAGAAACGAUUUUGAUGCCUUCUUUUUGGAAUUCUAUAGUUUACAUUCUUAAAGUUAUGGGCCCUCUUGUUCGGGUUCUUCGCCUUGUUGAUAAUGAGAGAAAACCAGCUAUGGGUUACAUAUAUGAGGCAAUGGAUAGGGCUAAAGAAGCUAUUAUAAAAGCUUUUAAUGAGAAUGAAGAAAGGUAUUCAAAUAUUUUUAAAAUCAUUGAUGAGAGAUGGGAAUGUCAAUUACAUCGGCCUUUGCAUGCAGCGGGUCAUUUCUUGAAUCCUGAGUACUUCUAUUUUGAUGAUAACAUAGCAACAAAUCAUGAAAUUACAACAGGAUUGUAUGCUUGCAUACAAAGACUAGUUCCUACUGCUGAAAUUCAGGACAAGAUCAUGGCUGAGCUACCCAUCUAUAAGAAAGCUGAAGGACUCUUUGGCAUUGAAUUGGCUAAAAGAUCAAGAAAGACAAGGGCUCCAGCUGAAUGGUGGAGUUUGUAUGGGAGCUCAACUCCGAAUUUGCAACAGUUAGCUAUAAGAAUCUUGAGCUUGACUUGUAGUGCAUGUGGUUGUGAGCGCAAUUGGAGUGUGUUUGAGCAGAUUCACACCAAAAAAAGGAAUAGACUUGCACAAAAACGACUAAAUGAUCUGGUCUUUGUGAAGUAUAAUCAAAAGAUGAAGGCACGAUAUGAUAAGCAUGAUGUUAUUGAUCCUAUCUCCUUAGAUGAUAUAGAUGAAAGUAAUGAAUGGUUGUUGGGGGAAAUGGGUGUUGAACCAUCUAUGAAUGUUGAAGAUGAGUUGGUUUUUGAUGAUGAUGAUGAUGGUUUGACAUGGGGUGUAGUGGCAAGAGCUGCUGGUGAAGAUGUUGAUUCUGAUUCUGAUGAGACCGAGGAAGAGAAUGUUGAUGGUUACAAAUCUGGUUCAAGUGGCUUUGAAAGUGAUGGAAACUUGAGUGAAGACUCUAAUGAUGACCUUUAG